AUGCACGAACACACAGACAAAACAAUCUAUCUAUCUAUCUAUCUAUCUAUCUAUCUAUCUAUCUAUCUAUCUAUCUGCGUUUUGAAGGCUUUCCUUGAGAUAUUCUUUUCCUUACUUGUGAUUUCUUUUUGUUCUAUGGACUGCAUCCCUUCAGAAGAUAGGAGAAAUAGUGGAAUUAUUUACCUGAAUCGUCUUCUGCACACAAACAAAAAUAUCUCACUCAUUGUUCAUCUAUCUAUCUAUCUAUCUAUCUAUCUAUCUAUCUAUCUAUCUAUCCCAUUAUGUUCAGUAUCUAUCUAUCUAUCUAUCUAUCUAUCUAUCUAUCUAUCUAUCUAUCCCAUUAUGUUCAGUAUCUAUCUAUCUAUCUAUCUAUCUAUCUAUCUAUCCCAGUAUGUUCAGUAUCUAUCUAUCUAUCUAUCUAUCUAUCUAUCUAUCUAUCUAUCUAUCUAUCUAUCUAUCUCAGUAUGUUCAGUAUCUAUCUAUCUCUGUAUCCCAGUAUGUUCAGUAUCUAUCUAUCUAUCUAUCUAUCUAUCUAUCUAUCUAUCUAUCUAUCUAUCUAUCUAUCUAUCACAGUCUUUUAAUUUCUAUCUAUCUUUUUCAUAUCAAUCUGAAUCCUAUCAUUCAUUUCUUUCUAUUUCAGUCCUUUCAUUAUCAUUAUCUAUCUAUCUAUCUAUCUAUCUAUCUAUUUGA